UAUGCUAGACAUGGUUUAGGAGAAGAGGCAUUAGGACUUUUUGUGCUGACCUUGAGGAAGGAUCUUCGGCCUACUGAAUACAUGGUUUUGAGUCAGAUGCAAUAGUUUCCAAUUCACUUGUUGAAAUGUAUGCAAAAUUGGGAUUUAUUUAUGAUGCCUUGGAUAUCUUCAAUGAAAUAAGAAGAAGAGAUUUGAUAUCCUGGAACACCAUAUUGAUGGGUCUAACCUACAAUGGUAAAGUGUCUUUGGCUAUGGACCUUUUCAACGAAUUAAUUAGCGAAGGUAUACCCCCAGAUCGAAUAACUCUAGCUGCAAUCUUACUUGCAUGCAACUAUGGAAGUUUGGUUGAUGAAGGAAUUCAAAUAUUAUGCUCCAUGGAGAAGGAAUUUGGGGUUAAACCAGGGGAACAACAUUAUGCUAUUGCGGUGGAGUUGUUGUGUCGUGCUGGUAGGCUGAAGGAGGCUAUUGAUAUUAUUGAAACAAUGCCAUACAGAACUGCUCUUAUUUGGAAGUCAAUCCUCUCUACAUGCACAAUACAUGAAGACCUGGUAUUUACUGAAAGGGUAGCAAAGAAAAUAAUGGAGAUGGAACCACAAUCAUCCUUACCUUACUUGGUCUUGGCUCAGGUAUAUCAAAUGAGGGGCAAGUGGGAGAGCAUGGUUCGAGUGAGAAAGGCAGUGGAACAUAAAGGCGCCAAGGAGUUCGCAGGAUGCAGUUUUAUUGGGAUAAAAAAUCACGUGUUCUCUUUUGAGGCAAAUAAAUUACAUCAGUAUGGAGGGAAAGAUCUUUAUCUUGUAUUAGAGUUACUGCAGUGGGAGAUGGAAACUGAAGGUUAUGCCUGAAAAAUGUUUUGAUAAAAGAAAGUAAAAGUUGUUGCUAUCCGCGAUGAAUAUUGAUGGUGGGCUGGAAAAGAGUGAUCACCUGAGAUUGUUUGUUGCUCGGUAAUGGUUGAGACAGAGAAGUUAUAAUAUGCGUGGCUGGUGCAGUUAGAUAAAAUCCCUUCACAUUAUGAUCUCAGGACGUCAUUUACUGGUAUCUAGACCGAAAAAUCAAGCGUUGAAGCUAUACGCUAUACAGGAUACAUGGUUUACUGCUCUUAAAUUCAGUAAAAGAUUUUCUAAAUUAGGCCAAUCUUUGAUUAGUCUAGUGCCUGUGACUUGCGAGUUCUGCACUGGCAACCUGGUUACUGGGAAAGUGGAGAACCUUAACAAAAGCCGGCCUUCUCAAUCAAAAGCUCGUCAUCCAUUACAUGUGCUUCAUUUAUAGUGCCAUUUGCUGAAUGUGGCGAUACACCUCGGGCAUUACUGGGUUGCAAAUCAUCUACAUUUUGCUCCUCAGAUCACGAAACCGCCUAAGCUAAGGCACAGUUUGACAUCAAAUCAGCGCGCACAAAGACGAGGACAGUCAAGUAGCCAUAUUAAUUUCUUCAUUAAGUCUGUCUUUUACAGGCUUUUUUAUUUUUUACUUUUUGCAAUCAUUACUUGGGGUUGAAAAUGGCUAGCCAGAGAGUUCAUUAUUAAGCUCUAUCGGGCUUACGUGUCAUUGAGGACAAACAAAACAGAUUUGAAAAUCUAUGAUCGAUCUCGAUGCUUAUGUAAUAGUUUUAAUACCCUCUUCAGGGGACACUAAGAUUGUUUACCGUUCAGUUUGGUGCUGAGUUCGAAAGGAAGAACGAGCCGUUGUGCCGUUUCA